AUGAAAACUGAUUUUCCUGGAGACCUUGGCAGUCAGCGACAAGCUAUCCAACAACUAAGAGAUCAGGACUCCAGUAGCAGUGAGUUCUGCACCUUCUGAUGACAGACAAAAUCAGCUCACACAUACCUUGCAGCUUCAUUAGCCACAGGUAGAUUACCCCACAACCACAUCCUUCCCUCCCCGAUUAAAACAAAACAGUUACUCAUGUCUAAAGUGAAGAAUAACACUCCCCCCACUUCUUUCACAUCUAGUUAUCCUUUAGAUACGCCAAAGAACCAACUGAAAAGUGGCUUUACUUAGUUUAAGAUGUGCAUUGCUAGUAGCUGAGAACAGAGUGGACAGAUGAGCAGGUGGUACCUGCCUUGGAUCCUAGCACACAGGAGGUAGAAACAGGCAGAUUUCUGAAUAGAGUUUCAGGACAGCCUGGACUAUACAGAAAAACCCUGUCUUGUGGAGGCAGGGCAGAGUAGGCACUUGGAAGCUGGGGCAACAGGAUCGUGCACUUCAAGGCAGCCUUUGUUGCACAGUAAAAUCAUCUCAAAAUAAAAAGAAAAAAAAAACAAUAAACUUGAACAUCUUCCACCCUUAUAAACUGCUCAAGGUCAGUUACUAUGCUAAUCCCAUUUUUUCCACUGAGGUGUAUAGCUAUUGUCCUAUAAACUGACAUAAGUUUAAACAAAUUUAUUCUUGCAUUCUUAUUGAUAAGAGGAAAUAAAAUUUUGUUAUUUCUGGAAAUGUGUAUUGAUGUUUGUUGUGAAAGAAGAGAUUAGUGGUCUCGGGUAGAAUUGUCUGUGACAGCAUAGAGAGUGUGCAGGUGACGGUAGAGACAAGUAAGUAAGAAAGUAAUAAAAGUAGGAAGAGAUGUUGCUCAGUCAGAUUGUGUGUUGCGGGAAUGAGUUUGGUGUGAUGUGCUUAGGGAAGUAUGGUCUCACACUUUGCUAGGCAUGGUGGUUCAUGCCUGUAAUCACAGCACUUAAGAGAUAAGAGGCAAGAGGAUCAGAACUUCAAGAUCAUCCUUGAAUAUACAGUGAGACUGAAGCCAGCCUGGACUACAUGAGUCCUAUUUCAUAAACAACAAUUACUUAAUGGCAAGUUACCAUUUCUAGUGCACUUUGCCUCACACUUCCACUUUAGUGUGUGUGUGGCAUAAUAAACUGCAGUAAUAGCUGAUCUCUAGUCACACGGUUUGUGCCCACAGAGCGCUGAUGCAAACUGUACAACCUCAAGUCUGAAAAUGUUUUUUUCAUUGUAGCUGCAAAUCCUGGAGUGAACAGCAGCUCAGGAUAUAUCUCUGUAAAACUCAGAACAAGUGACCAGUUUAUGUGUUCUAGGUGACAGUGAUGGUGACGAAGAGGAGACCACACAAGAUGAAGUAUCUUCCCACACAUCAGAGGAAGAUGGUGGGGUAGUCAAAGUGGAGAAAGAAUUAGAAAAUGCAGAGCAGCCUGUUGGUGGUGGGAACGAAGUAGUAGAGCACGAGGUCACAGAAAACCUAAAUUCUGACCCCUUGCUUGAACUCUGCCAGUGUCCCCUCUGCCAGAUAGACUGUGGGAGUCGAGAGCAACUGAUUGCACAUGUGUACCAGCAUACUGCAGCAGUGGUGAGUGCCAAGAGUUACAUGUGCCCUGUCUGUGGACGGGCCCUUAGUUCCCCAGGGUCAUUGGGUCGUCACCUCCUAAUCCAUUCGGAAGACCAACGGUCUAACUGUGCUGUGUGUGGAGCCCGUUUUACUAGCCAUGCCACUUUUAACAGUGAGAAACUUCCUGAAGUACUUAAUAUGGAAUCCCUACCCCAAGUCCACAGUGAGGGCCCCUCCAGUGCUGAAGGGAAGGACAUUACCUGUAGUCCUCCAGUAUACCCUGCUGGAAUUCUGCUUGUGUGCAACAACUGUGCUGCCUACCGCAAGCUACUGGAAACACAGACCCCCAGUGUGCGCAAGUGGGCCCUCCGUCGACAGAAUGAACCUUUGGAAGUACGGCUACAACGGCUUGAACGAGAACGCACAGCCAAGAAGAGUCGGCGAGACAAUGAGACCCCAGAGGAGCGGGAGGUCAGACGCAUGAGGGACCGUGAAGCCAAGCGCCUGCAGCGCAUGCAGGAGACAGAUGAGCAGCGAGCUCGCCGGCUACAGCGAGACCGGGAGGCCAUGAGGCUGAAGCGGGCCAAUGAAACUCCAGAGAAGCGGCAAGCCCGACUCAUCCGGGAGCGAGAAGCUAAGAGGCUCAAGAGGAGACUGGAGAAAAUGGACAUGAUGUUGCGAGCUCAGUUUGGUCAGGACCCUUCUGCCAUGGCAGCCUUAGCAGCUGAAAUGAACUUCUUCCAGCUGCCUGUGAGUGGGGUAGAGUUGGACAGCCAGCUUCUGGGGAAAAUGGCUUUUGACGAACAGAACAGCAGCUCUCUGCACUGAACCACACCCUCCUGCCUGACUUCCCGUCCACUCCAGCCCAUAGGGAUCAGUGCUGCUGUCACCCAGGAGGCCACAGUCCUUGCUGCCACAGGCAGGCCUGGGUUGGUUGCAGGGAAACCUGUGCACCCUCUGCAUGUGGGAACAUGAUGGGGCCAGGAGGGACCCAGCUCAAGGCAGCUCUGGACAAAGGAGCAGGCACUCCAGAAACCUGGACUCCUCAGUCCACUGUGGCAGGCCAGGGUUAUGGGACUGUAGGACCCCAGUACAGUCCAUGAAGCUGUGAGGGCAAAUAAAUUAAUUUUAUCUUUA